AUGUCCGGCAAAUACGUCUUUUCCAAAGGCCUGAAGGAGCUGCGUUUUCUCUUCUGCCAAUCCUCCGAGCAGAGCGCUGCGACAAGGUCGGUCCAUCAGCCUAGCACAUCGGAUCGAGCUCUUCUGCCUUUACACGGCGCGCUUUCUCUUCAAAAUGGUAGCGACCAACUAGCUGACUCGAUGCGAUCAAUACACAGAUCCUUCAUCAACCGCGCCUAUCCCACUAUGAAGAAGCACAACCCGCACACUCCCAUCAUGAUCCGCGAGGCUGCCGGUACCGAGCCGCGAGUCUUUGCCCGAUACGCUUUCGGCAAGGAGACUCAAGAAGCUCUGUCUGGGCUGUCCGACUCCCAGAUUGAGGAGCGCAUCACGAAUCUGGUGAAGCAGGCCUCAUAA